UAGUCAGAACGUACAGGACUACAACGACUAUAUGAUCGGUUAUAUAAUGACAAAGCUCUUCCAACUCCAAUCCCAUUAUUGACGUUCAUGACCAUCGACUACGGAAUAUUCAUUGCAGCAAAAGUUGUGUUGGGGACUCCCUGUGUGAUUGUGUUUUUGAUAUGUAAAUGGCGUAGGAGGCAUUUAUCGUCGUAUGAUGCCGUUGAAGAAUUUUUGCAAAGCCACAAUAACCUCAUGCCAAUAAGAUACUCUUACUCUGAAAUUAAGAAGAUGACCAAAAAUUUCAAUGACAAAUUGGGUGAAGGAGGCUAUGGCACCGUAUUUAAAGGAACACUUCGAAGUGGCCGGCUUGUAGCUAUAAAGAUGCUAAGUAAGUCCAAAGCUAAUGGGCAAGACUUUAUAAAUGAAGUUGCGACUAUUGGAAGGAUUCACCAUAUUAAUGUAGUGCAACUUAUUGGUUUUUGCGUUGAAAGAUCAAAGCGGGCUCUCGUAUAUGAGUUCAUGCCUAAUGGCUCAUUGAAUAAAUAUAUAUUUUCGCCAGAAGCAAGUACCCUCUUAAGCUAUGACAAAAUGUAUGAUAUAGCUAUAGGAGUUGCUCGUGGAAUUGAAUAUCUACAUCAAGGAUGUGACAUGCAGAUUUUGCAUUUUGAUAUCAAGCCUCACAACAUUAUUCUUGAUGAGAAUUUUACUCCCAAAGUUUCUGACUUUGGCCUCGCAAAGUUAUAUCCAGCUGAUGAUAACAUUGUUUCUUUGACUGCUGCAAGAGGGACGUUAGGAUACAUGGCUCCUGAGUUGUUCUACAAAAAUAUUGGAGGUGUUUCAUACAAAGCUGAUGUUUAUAGUUUUGGAAUGUUAUUGAUGGAAAUGGCUGGUAGAAGAAAGAACAUAAAUGCAGUUGCAGAACACACAAGCCAGAUAUAUUUCCCUACUUGGGUCUAUGACCAAUUGAAUGAUGGAAAAGACAUAGAAAUUGAAGACGCCACAGAUGAGGAAAAGAAAAUAGGCAAAAAGAUGAUCAUUGUCGCAUUAUGGUGUAUACAGAUGAUGCCUAGUGAUCGCCCUUCAAUGAACAAAGUUGUACAAAUGCUUGAAGGAGAAGUUGAAUGCUUACAAAUGCCUUCCAAGCCUUUCCUAUCAUCACUAGAGAGAAUCAUAACUGGUGGUGGAGAGAAUUCGAAUCAAUCAAAUGAAUCAAGCCAAUCAUCUCAGUUUUGAAUGCAAAUUAAUUUAUAUGCGAGUCUUUGGAUUUAUUAUAUCCUCACUCAAGGAGCGUUUAGUUUUCUCAUAUAUAUUUGAUAGCGCAAAGAUGCUUAAUAUUUCUGUAUAACAAAUAAAAGUUUGUUUGAUUUAAGAUAACUCUACUUAUUACAUAA